CAGCGUGGCAAUCAGCGCUCGGUCAUGUGAUCAAUGCCAGUCAGUGUCACCUAUCAGUGCUGCCAAUCAGUGCCACCUAUCAGUGCCAGUCAGUGCUGCCUAUCAGUGUGCAUCAGUGCCGCCUACCAGUACCCGUCAGUGCUGCCUAUCAGUGCUGCCUAACAGUGCCAGUCGGUGCCACUUAACAGUGCCAGUCAGUGCCUCCUAUCAGUGCCGCCUAUCAGUGCCCAACAGUGAUGCCUGCCUGUCAAUGCCCAUCAGUGCCACCU